CAUCAUGGUCCCACUGCUCCUGCCCCUGCUGGCAGCCCUGGCUCAGGUCCCUGUGGCCUUAGCCGACGCCCUGGAAAGGGACAGCUCAGAGGACCGGGCCUUCCGUGUGCGCAUCGCGGGCGACGCGCCGCUGCAGGGCGUGCUCGGUGGCGCCCUCACCAUCCCGUGUCACGUCCAUUACCUGCGGCCGCCGCCGAACCGCCGGGCCGUGCUGGGCUCUCCGCGCGUCAAGUGGACCUUCCUGUCCGGCGGCCGAGAGGCCCAGGUGCUGGUGGCGCGGGGGCUGCGCGUCAAGGUGAGCGAGGCCUACCGGUUCCGCGUGGCGCUGCCCGCCUACCCUGCGUCGCUCACCGAUGUCUCCCUGGCGCUGAGCGAGCUACGGCCCAACGACUCCGGCAUCUACCGCUGCGAGGUCCAGCAUGGCAUAGAUGACAGCAGCGAUGCGGUGGAGGUCAAGGUCAAAGGGGUCGUCUUUCUCUACCGGGAGGGCUCUGCCCGGUAUGCCUUCUCCUUCGCUGGGGCUCAGGAGGCCUGUGCCCGCAUUGGGGCCCGCAUCGCCACCCCCGAGCAGCUCUACGCCGCCUACCUCGGGGGCUAUGAGCAAUGUGAUGCUGGUUGGCUGUCCGACCAGACUGUGAGGUAUCCCAUCCAGACCCCACGAGAGGCCUGUUAUGGAGACAUGGAUGGCUUCCCUGGGGUUCGGAACUAUGGGGUGGUGGACCCGGAUGACCUCUAUGAUGUCUACUGUUAUGCUGAAGACCUAAAUGGAGAGCUAUUCCUGGGUGCCCCCCAAGACAAGCUGACUUUGGAGGAGGCAAAGAUGUACUGCCGGGAGCGGGGUGCGGAGAUUGCCACCACGGGUCAACUGUAUGCAGCCUGGGAUGGUGGCCUGGACCGCUGCAGCCCAGGCUGGCUGGCUGAUGGCAGUGUGCGCUACCCCAUUGUCACACCCAGCCAGCGUUGUGGUGGGGGACUGCCUGGCGUCAAGACCCUCUUCCUCUUCCCCAACCAGACUGGUUUCCCCAACAAGCACAGCCGCUUCAAUGUCUACUGCUUCCGAGACUCUGCCCAGCCCUCUGCCAUCCCUGAGGCCUCUAACGUAGCCUCUGACCCAGCCUCUGAUGGACUGGAGGCCAUCGUCACAGUGACAGAGACCCUGGAGGAGCUGCAGCUGCCUCAAGAAGCUGUGGAGAGCGAGUCUCGUGGAGCCAUCUACUCCAUUCCCAUCAUGGAGGAUGGUGGCAGCUCUACUCCCGAAGACCCUGCGGAGGCCCCUAGGACCCUCCUAGAAUUCGAAACCCAAUCGAUUAUACCUCCCAUGGGAUCCUCAGAAGAGGAAGGCAAGUUGUUGGAGGAAGAAGAGAAAUACAAGGAUGAAGAAGAGAAAGAGGAGGAGGAGGAAGAAGAGGAGGAUGUGGAGGAUGAGGCCCUGUGGGCCUGGCCAAGCGAGCUUGGCAGCCUGGGCCCAGAGGCACCUUUUCCCACAGAGCCGGCCCUGGAGGAGUCGCUGUCCCAGACAUCCCCAACGGCAAGGGUGAUCCUGCGGCCUGCUGCAUCGCCACCUUCUGGUGGAGAGUCAGAGGCUCCCAGGCCUCCGAGGGUCCAUGGACCACCCACUGAGACCCGGUCCACUCCCAGGGAGGGGAAACUAGCAUCCCCACCACCUUCCACACCGUUUGGGGCGAGAGAGGUGGGGGAAGAGACUGGGAGUCCUGAGCUGUCUGGGGUUCCCCGAGGAGAGAGUGAGGAGACAGGGAGCUCCGAGGACGCCCUUUCCCUGCUUCCAGCCACACGGGUCCCUGAGGGCACCAGGGAGCUGGAGGCCCUCUCUGAAGAGAAUUCUGGAAGAACUGCCCUAGCAGGGACCUCAGUGCGAGCCCAGCCUGUGCUGCCCACUGACAGCACCAGCCGCGGUGGAGUGGCCGUGGCCCCCUCAGCAGGUGACUGUGUCCCCAGCCCCUGCCACAAUGGUGGGACAUGCUUGGAGGAAGAGGAAGGGAUCCGCUGCCUGUGUUUGCCUGGCUAUGCGGGGGACCUAUGCGAUGUUGGCCUCCACUUCUGCAGCCCCGGCUGGGACGCCUUCCAGGGCGCCUGCUACAAGCACUUUUCCACCCGGAGGAGCUGGGAGGAGGCAGAAACCCAGUGCCGGAUGUACGGCGCGCACCUAACCAGCAUCAGCACCCCCGAGGAACAGGACUUCAUCAACAAUCAAUACCGGGAGUACCAGUGGAUCGGGCUCAAUGACAGGACCAUCGAAGGCGACUUCCUGUGGUCGGAUGGUGUCCCCCUGCUCUAUGAGAACUGGAACCCUGGACAGCCUGACAGCUACUUCCUGUCUGGAGAGAACUGCGUGGUCAUGGUGUGGCAUGACCAGGGACAAUGGAAUGAUGUACCCUGCAACUACCACCUGUCCUACACCUGCAAGAUGGGGCUGGUGUCCUGUGGGCCCCCACCGAGGCUACCCCUGGCUCAAGUGUUUGGCCACUCACGACUGCGCUACGAGGUAGACACAGUGCUUCGAUACCGGUGCCGGGAAGGGCUGGCCCAGCGAAACCUGCCGCUGAUCCGCUGCCAGGAGAAUGGUCUCUGGGAGCCUCCCCAGAUCUCCUGUGUGCCCCGAAGGCCUGCCCGAGCCCUGCGCACAGCGAAGGCCCCAGGAGGACACCAGGAGUGGCUGCCUGGGCGCUGGAAGGCACUGUUGACUCCUCCUUCCAGCCCCACCUCAGGUCCAUAGAGGGCAAGGCCUUGAAUACUGCUGCCUCCAGCUCUGCGCUGUCACCCAACCCUCCCUUGCACCCUGUGUUCGUACCACCACAGGCAGUGACAAGAUGAGAGGGGUGGAGCUGGGGCCAGGUCACAGUGCCGGAAGGGUCUUCUGGGAAACACCUGGUUUGCUCCACCCAGCCCAGGCCCUCUCUCCCACCCUGGGCAUUUUCCCUCAGGGCAACCGGUAAGUCCCUAAGUGCCUCAACUGCUCUCUCUCUGCCGGCUCUCCUGCCCUCUCCAUUUCCCUAUGGGGCACUGUGCCCACUCAUUCUUGGUUUCCAAGAGAAUGGGAUUGCUGGAUGGAGCACCUGUAAAACCAGCAGGAAAUAAAACUGCACUUGAGCC